AUGUCGACGCACUCGGGCGCCUCGGGCAGCUCCGCGGCCAGGAAGAAGACGCCGUGCUCCUUCUUCGCGGCGGGCAAGUGCCGCAACGGCAGCAGCUGCAAGUUCUUCCACGCGCCGCGCGAGGACCUGGCGGUCAGUCCGCUGCCCUGCAAGUUCUUCCUCCAGGGCGCGUGCAAGGCUGGACGAGACUGCAAGUUCUCGCACUCGGCGCAGGCGCAGGCGGCGGCCACGCGCGUGAGCGCCAGCACUGGGGAGAAGACGGUGGCGCCGGGCUCUUAUGGGAUUCCCUGCAAGUUCUUCAAGUACGGAGACUGCUCCAACGGUGACAAGUGCCCGUACCUGCACGUGCAGAAAAAGAAGGAGACGGAGACCGAGCGCAAGGAGAAGGAGAGUACGGAGUUGGAGGCCGAGACGGAAGGCACCUCUACGCCGGAGAAGAAGGCGGACGAGGGAGAAGAGAAGCCCGCUACCCCUGCGGAAGAUGUGACGGAGCUACGGGACUUUAUCUCCAAGGAAGAAGAGUUGUACUACUACGGAGCUCCUGGUGAGUUUGAGGAUACGCCCGCGGAGUCCGGGCCUCCGAUGCCGAAGGAGUCGUACGUGGAAGUGACCAAGAAGAACGUGAGGAACAGACCGCUGUCUUUCGAUGAAGAGCGACCUGCACCUCCCAAAAUCUGCACAUUCUUCUUGCAAGGUCUGUGCCGAUAUGGCGACACGUGCUUUUACUCGCAUUCGCUGCCAGAAAAGGUUGAAAGUGAGGAAGAAAUGCUGGCGAUGGGUGAGGAGAUCCGCCUCUCAGCAGAUCUGGAGUGCGGUAUCUGCUACGAGAAUAUCCUUGGGAAGGGCGAACGCUUUGGGCUGCUAUCCGGAUGCAAUCACUCCUUCUGUCUCACAUGCUUGCGCAAUUGGCGAGGCAGCGCUGAUCAGCCGAAGCAGACCGUGCGCCAGUGCCCUAUGUGUCGUGUGGAGACGAACUUCAUCAUCCCGUCGAGCCGCAUGGUCACCAAGCCGGAGCGCAAGAAAGUCCUCAUCGACGUAUACCGCAAAAACCUGUCGGCCAUUCCUUGCCGCCACUUCGACGAAGGAAGAGGAAUAUGUCCAUUCGGUACCAGCUGCUUCUACGCGCACCGCUAUCCGGACGGCACAUUGGCCUCGCGCGAAGUGCGAACUGCUGUCGACGCCGAUGGCCAGUACGACGUCCUCCGUCAAGUGCGUCUCGAGCACUAUUUCCAACAGAACAGCGCCAGCGAAUAAAUUGCCCCCGUUCUUCCUCGCGUAUGGGCAGAUCGUGUGUCCGUG